CACUUUUGUUGUCAUUUGAAAAAUAACUUUUACACUGGAUGCUUGUCAGUGCGGUAAUUUUGAAAUAAGUUUUUUAAGUUGGGAAAUAUUUAAUAAUGACCUACAACUCUUCACUGGAUAGUUUUUGCGGCUCUACUUUCUGGGACAGCAACCUGACAUGGUACACAGACAAUCCGGAUUUUACUCCGUGUUUCCAAAAGACAGUUUUAGUAUGGGUACCAUGUGCUUACAUGUGGUUGGCAGCCCUGGUCGACAUCUACCAUAUAGUUAGCAGCAGAGAAGGCAAUAUACCAUGGAAUAAGUUGAAUAUAAGCAAGCUGGUUAUAGCAUUAUCCCUAGUUGUAUUACAAAUUCUGAAUCUAAUCCUAGUAACAUAUGCGUCUUCAAAAGAAGAAAAUAAAAUAUAUGAUGCAGAUUUUUAUGACCCAGUUCUUAAAUUGUUGACUUUGAUGUUGUGUAUAACGAUAAUAUGCUACAAUCGAAAAUAUGGCGUAAUGACGUCAGGAGUGCUGUUUAUAUUCUGGUUACUUCUGAUCCUGGCUGGUUUACCACAACUGAGGACUGAAAUAGUGAACUACGACCCAAACAACAGCGGGUAUGCACGAUAUACAUUUGCUAGCUAUAUCGUGUACUAUACGCUUGUAAUAAUUAUGUUCAUAUUGAGCUGUUUCGCUGAUUUACCGCCCAAAGAUACUCCUUAUACAUACGACAAGGCCCAAUCUCCCGAGAAAAGAUCGAAUGUGCCUAGUGAACUCACAUUUAGCUGGUUCGAUCCACUAGUCUUAACGGGCUUCCGAAGAACUCUCAAAGAAGAAGACUUAUGGCCGUUAAACCCGGAAAUGACUUCUAAAGAAGUCGUCCCUAGGUUUGAGAAAUACUGGCAGAGAGCUACGCAAAAACAGGCAAAGUCUGCUGACACAAAUGCCUCGACUACUGACGCUACUGCUCCCAUAAAUCAGAAGCAAUCAACCAAACCGAUAUCGAUACUACCAGUGUUGUGCUUAACUUUUGGAUACCAGUUUUUGUUCGCCGUAUUUCUGAAAAUUAUCCACGAUUUACUCAUCUUUGUUUCGCCCCAAUUACUUGAACAUAUUAUUGGAUUCAUCCAAGGCGACGAUCCUGUAUGGAAAGGCUAUGUCUACGCAGUCAGCAUGUUCUUAUGUUGUAUCGUACAAAGUCUGUUCCUUGGACAGUAUUUCAUAAACUUAUCCGUAAUAAGUAUACAAAUCAAAAAUGCACUCUGCAGCGUUGUGUAUAAGAAAGCUCUUUCUUUAUCGAACGCCGCUCGAAAAGAGUCCACUACAGGAGAAAUUAUUAACUUGAUGUCUACUGACGUCGAUAAGAUUUGCAACUUGACCUUCAUAAACAUGAUAUGGUCUGCACCACUGCAAAUUGCAUUAGCCCUGUACUUCCUAUGGGGAGUCCUAGGGCCCUCUGUGAUGGCCGGUCUAGCUGUCAUUAUCAUACUAAUGCCCUUCAACGGGGUGCUGGCAGGAUUCCAAGAGAAAAUGCAAUCUAAAUUGAUGCUUUACAAAGACCAAAGAAUUAAACUAAUGAGCGAAGUGCUUAAUGGGAUUAAGGUACUCAAAAUGUACGCCUGGGAAGAAAGUUUUGAAAACCAAAUUUUGAGGAUAAGGAACAAAGAAUUGGCUGUUCUAAAAAAGAUCGCCAUCCUUACUUCAUUUAUGAUAUUCAUAUGGAUAUGUACACCUUUCCUCGUAUCAUUGAUGUCAUUCACAUGUUUCGUGCUGGUAAACGAUACAGAAGUAUUGGAUUCUAAACGCGCAUUCGUCGCGUUGUCCCUUUUUAAUAUUCUCAGAUUCCCUAUGUUCAUGCUGCCUAAUGUGAUAUCCGAUAUUAUACAGACUGCAGUGAGCUUAAAGAGACUGAACAAAUUUUUGAAUUCUGAAGAAUUAGACGACAACGCAAUAGAACACAACCCAGAUGAGAAACACCAAAUCGUGGUAGAAAAUGGUCACUUCACAUGGGGUGAUCAUGAAUCUAAAGCAGUUCUCAAGAACAUUAACUUACAAAUACCUCGCGGAUCACUCGUAGCUGUUGUUGGCGGCGUUGGUUCUGGUAAAACAUCUUUGGUGUCUGCCUUAUUAGGAGACAUGGACAAACUUUCUGGACGUAUAAAUAUAAAAGGCAACAUUGCAUACGUUUCCCAACAGGCUUGGAUUCAAAAUGCUACACUACAAAAUAACAUUCUAUUCGAUCAGCCACUUGACAAGACCAAGUAUAAUAAUGUUAUAGAGGCCUGUGCCCUAGCGACAGACUUAGAAAUACUCGCUGGAGGUGACCAGACUGAAAUCGGAGAGAAAGGUAUAAACCUGUCUGGCGGACAGAAGCAGCGCGUGUCUCUGGCGCGCGCGGUGUACUGCGACGCGGACAACUACUUCUUGGACGACCCGCUCAGCGCCGUCGACUCACACGUCGGCAAGCACAUCUUCGACAAGGUACUGGGACCCAGUGGGCUGCUGAAGAACAAGACGCGGGUGUGGGUGACCCAUAACGUGUCGUACCUGGCGCAGACGGACCUCGUGGUAGUGCUGCGCGACGGAGAGGUCUCGGAGGCCGGCUCCUACCAACAACUGCUCGAGAAGAAGGGCGCCUUCGCUGAGUUCCUACUGCAUCAUCUUAGUAUCGCAGAAACGUCUUCAGCAACGCAAGAUUUGGAAGGCAUCAAGAACGAUUUAGAGAACAAACUUGGGUCCGAUUUUCAACGAAAGUUACAACUGGCAAGAUCUUUGUCUUUACGUUCGGCCGCUUCAGAAGCCGAAGUUUUGGAAGCAGGCGACCACACUCAAGAUACUCAAGCUAAAGACAAGGAAGGCGCCACGGAAGAUGAAAAGGCGUUUGAUCAACUCAUUGAGGACGAAAAAACUGAAUCUGGAAAAGUGAAAUUGGAAGUGUACAUGCAUUACCUAUCAAAGGUCGGAAUUAAAUCAGCCAUAGCAACAGUUAUUAUGUACAUUGUACUACACACACUACAAAUCAGUGUCAACUUCUGGCUGGCGAUAUGGUCCAACGACGACAAAAUGCUUGUGAACGGCACCGUAGAUACACAACGACGAGACAUGUACCUCGGCGUGUACGGCGGCCUGGGAUUCGGUCAAGCUCUAGCGUCCCUGUUCACGGAUCUAAUGCCAUUCCUGGCAUGCUGGAGAGCGGCUAAGAUAUUACACGCACUCAUGUUGAACAACGUGCUCAAGUCUCCGCUGCAGUUCUUCGAAGUCACUCCCGUCGGCAGACUGCUGUCACGCUUCUCCAAAGAUGUUGAAACUGUUGACAAUUCUCUAUCCUGGGAGAUCUCGAAUACUCUUAGUGGAAUUUUUGAGGUCAUAGGAACUGUCUUUGUGAUAAGUUAUUCCACACCCAUGUUCAUGAUCGUGAUACUGCCCAUCGCAGCGAUGUACUACAUGAUACAACGGUUUUACGUGCCGACCACUCGCCAACUCAUGAGGAUCGAAUCAGUCGCGCGCUCACCAGCGUACUCCCACUUCAAUGAGAGCAUUUUGGGUGCGACAAUCAUUCGGGCUUUUGGCGUCAAAGACAGGUUUGUCAUAGAAUCCCAACAGAAGGUAGACUACUAUCAAUCAGUACAUUACUUGAGUAAAGUUUCGGACAGAUGGCUUGCGAUCCGACUAGAGACAGUCGGCGGUUUGAUUAUAUUCUUUGCUGCGUUAUUUGCUGUCAUGGCAAGGGAAACUAUUAGUCCUGGAUUAGCUGGUCUCUCUAUCAGCUAUACUCUUGAAAUUACGCAGACAUUGAGUUGGUUGGUCCAAAUGAUGUCUGGAUUGGAGACAGACAUCGUAGCAGUCGAGCGAAUGAAGGAAUAUGCUGAGAUUAAACAAGAAGCGGCGUGGACCGUGGCGAACGGUCCCCCUGCGGAGUGGCCGGCGACGGGCGCGCUGCAGCUGGAGCGGCUGACGCUGGCGUACCGCGCCGGCGCCGAGCCCGCGCUGCGCGAGGUCACGUGCGCCGUGGCGCCGCGCGACAAGCUCGGCAUCGUGGGCCGCACCGGCGCCGGCAAGUCCACGCUCACGCUGGGGCUCUUCCGCAUCGUGGAGGCCGUGGGCGGGCGCAUCCUCAUCGACGGCCUGGACAUCGCCGCCAUGGGCCUGCACCAGCUCCGCUCCCGCAUCACCAUCAUCCCGCAGGACCCCGUGCUCUUCUCCGGCACGCUGCGCAUGAACCUCGACCCCUUCGAGACCUUCUCGGACGAGGACAUCUGGCGCGCGCUGGAGUACGCGCACCUGAAGCCGUUCGUGCAGGGGCUCCCGGCGGGGCUGCGCCACGAGGUGGCGGAGGGCGGCGAGAACCUGUCGGUGGGACAGCGCCAGUUGGUGUGCCUGGCGCGCGCCCUGCUGCGCAAGACUCCACUGCUGGUCCUGGACGAGGCCACGGCCGCCGUGGACCUGGAGACGGACGAGCUCAUACAGAAGACGAUCCGCUCCGAGUUCGCGGCGUGCACGGUGCUCACCAUCGCGCAUCGCCUCAACACCAUCAUGGACUCCACCAAGGUCAUGGUCCUCGAUAAAGGACAACUCGUCGAGUUUGCUCCGCCAGAACAACUGCUGAAGGAUAAAAACUCCUUAUUCUAUAGCAUGGCCAAGGAUGCUGGAUUAGUUAACUAACUUAUUUAAUUGUACACUUCUUCUAUUUAGCAGCUACCUGUGAUAAGUGGUGCUAACUUGUUCCAAGUGAUAUGAUAGGUGCAAUUAUUCGAUAUAAAUUGUAUUUACUUACCAGCAGUAUUGAUGAGGUCUUAUUGAACAUUAAUUUUAUUUAUACAUGGCUGCAUUUAAAUUAUUAUGUAUUUUUAAAUCGGAAAACUGCGUUGUAAGAGCAAUGUUCCUGUAUUGAUAUAAGACAAAAUUAAGUUUAAACAUAGCAUAGGUUAUUUGAAGCAUCUCAUAAUGUUUAAGGAGGUGUCUAGACGAGCCUAGUGUGUGCACGUGUACUUAGUUGUAAGUUUGAAGCACGAAUUAGUUAAGCACUGACUGUAGUUUAACUCGUAGUAUUGCAGUUAUUUGUGAUUUGUACUUAUUUACAUUGAAUUAUUGAGAUUCAAAUAAUUAGCUAACUAUCAGCAUUCGAAUUUUUACUUUAAGUAAGUUCUUAGACAAACUAAAUGUCGAAUUAUUAUUUAUUUCACAAAUUAGUAUUACGUUGUGAGUAGCAAAAUGCGACUUUUAUACUGUUGUUAAAUAAUUUUACAAUAAAAAUUAAGAUUUGUUGAGAUUUGAUAUCUAUUUCAGAAUAAACAUUUUGGAACAAAUUAUUUUUGCUAAAAAGGGGAAAAUUCGUACUUAAAUAAACCGCUAAAAGUAAACCCCAGGAAAUAAUAAAUCUUAUGUAUGUAUGUGGAUUAAUAUAAAAGCCCUAAUUUCAUUUAAUACAACACCACCUUCAGUGGUUAAUAGUGAAUAUUUAAAUCCAAACUGUUAUAGCGGUACAUAAUAUUUGACGGCUUUUAUUAGAAAAAUUAUGCAUUAUUAUUUAUUUAUUAGUCUUAAGGUCUACAAUUAAGAAAAUAAAUUAAACAAACUGAAUAUUUAAGUUAUUGAUUGACUAAUGUGUGCAGCUUGAUGAUUUUUGAAUCUCUGUCCAUAUUAAUUACUUGUAACCUAUAACAACAGUGUUCAUUUUGAAUGGUUUUCCAGAAAAAUAUCAAAAUAUUUAAAAGACUACACGCCUAGGUACCUAUUACAUUAUCAUAAGUGGUUGUAACUGCAUUCUGUAAAAUAAACUUUUUACCUUUUGACAUAAAUAAAUAUUUUUCGGACAAUA